GAGCAGGAACCAGCCGGUACAGUCGAACGAACGGUCGAUUAAACAUGGUGUGGAACGGUGUCUUCUCCCGGUGUGCGGUGAUGGCCGUGUUGGCCUUCGGUGUGGUAGCGAUCCAGGCAGCGGAGGUGGCACGGUACGAUAACUACCGGCUAUACCGUGUGACACCCCAGAGCGAAGAGCAGCUGAGGGCGGUCGCAGCCAUGGAGCAGGCGAGUGACAGUUUAAUUUUCCUCGAAACCGCCCGUAAGGUGGGCGAUCGGUUAGAUAUCGUUGUGGCACCGCACAAGCUGGCUGACUUUACGGAAACGCUCGAAGCGGAAUACAUCCCGCACAAUGUGAUCGACGAGAAUGUGCAGAGUUCGUUCGAUCAGGAACGUAUCCGGUUGUCGAACAAGCGUGCAAAGGGAACAUUCGACUGGAACGACUAUCACACGCUGGAGGAGAUCCAUGCCUGGUUGGAUAAGUUGGCGAGUGAGCACAGCGAGGUGGAACUGUUGGACGCUGGUCGAUCGUACCAGAACCGUACGUUAAAGGGUGUGAAGUUGUCGUACGGGGAGGGAAGACCGGGCGUGUUCAUCGAAGGUGGCAUUCACGCACGUGAAUGGAUCUCACCCGCCACUGUGACGUACAUCCUGAACGAGUUGGUCAACAGUGAAGAUGCGCAGGUUCGGGCACUGGCCGAAAAGUUCGACUGGUACGUGUUCCCGAGCGUGAAUCCGGACGGAUAUGCGUACACCUUCCAGGUGAACCGUUUGUGGCGCAAGACCCGCAAACCUUACGGUCCAUUCUGUUACGGUGCAGAUCCGAACCGGAACUGGGACUUCCAUUGGGCGGAACAGGGCACCAGCAACAAUGCUUGCGCGGAUACGUACGCUGGACCGCAAGCAUUCUCCGAAGUAGAGACCCGUUCGCUGUCUGCUUUCGUUGAAAAGCUACGUGGAAAGCUCGGUGCUUACAUCGCGUUCCAUUCCUACUCUCAGUUGCUUCUCUUCCCGUACGGACACACCGGAGAACAUUCGCCAAAUCAUCAGGAUUUGAACGAGAUCGCAGAAGCCACGGUUAAAUCGCUGGCCAAACGGUACGGCACCCAGUACAAGUACGGCAACGUGUACGAUGCCAUUUAUCCGGCCAGUGGAUCCAGCGUUGAUUGGAGCUACGGUGCACAAGAUGUAAAGAUCGCGUACACGUACGAGCUACGUCCGGAUUCGGAUGCCUGGAAUGGAUUUGUGCUUCCACCGAACCAGAUUGUACCAACGGGCGAGGAAACGAUGGAUUCUCUCGUCACACUGCUGGAAGAAUCGUCUGCUAGAGGAUAUUAUGAUGCGAAGAAUUGAAUCUUUUAGCGAUU